UCACUUUAGAGGGAACGUGUUUGAGGAACGAACAUGAUGCUGGAUUAUACAGUUUUCUUAAGCCUGCUAACACUGGCUGGCUGUGCAGCUUUGGUGACUGAAGAAAAGGUAAUAAGAGAUUUUGGUGAGUCUGCGUCUUUCUCCUGCUCCCUGCCCAACGCUGCUGGAGUAAAGCAGGUCACCUGGCAGCGGCUCGGACACGACGACUCCGUCCACACAAUGGUCACCUUCAGCGAGAACUUCAAACAACAAGUGGCCGAUGCGUACCUGGACAAAGUGGAGGUCACGGAGGCGACGCUAAGCUCCUCAACUAUCGUGAUGAAGAACAUAACGUUCGCGGACGAAGGCUGCUACAUAUGUACUUUCAACGUGUAUCCCUCUGGAACCGAGCGGAGAAAGACGUGCCUCACUGUUCAAGGUCUCUCAGAUAUCACAACAACGUUUUUAGAUAAGACUGAAAACAAAGUUGUUGUCUCAUGCUCAGCCACGGGUAAACCUGCUCCAGAGGUCAGGUAUAUAGACAAGGAGAUAGAGUCGGGAGAAAGAGUCACCGUAAUCAAUGUGGAUGGAACGAUCACAAGUACAAAAAACCUCACACUGCUACGGUCACCAGCACAAUAUGUGGAAUGUGUUGCUGAAAGUGGGAAUAUGUUAAUACGUAAACGUAUCAAUCUGACUGAUGACCAGCAACAGGAUCCUGGAGAGAAGAAUGAAGCACCCAGACAUUAUCCAGCCUUUUUUGUUGUGGUUAUCGCUAUAAUUGGUGCCAUUUCGACAGGUAUUGUUUUACACAGAAGGAAAGUAAAAGCAGAAUGUGGAAAAGAGAGGAUUGAAGAAACGGUCUAACACCAUUGGAAGAUCUGCAUCCUGCAUUCACUCUGCACUUUAACAUCUUAGGAAUUUUCAAAUACAGUUUUCAUAAGCUACUAACAAUGCAUUUAAAAACAUUCUGAAUCUUAAUGUGGUUUUAAUAUACAGAAAGUGUUUAUUUAUUUAUUGUCCUUUGAUUUUUUUUUCUUCAGUAUUUAUAAACUUGAGUUUUUGCUGUCACUCAUACUCAUGACAAAUGAUCAUUCUGGAAUUAUACUGUAUAUUCAGGAUUUCUACGUCCAUAGUACUGAAUGUUUUGCACACAUGUAAAUGUUUUUACAUGAAUCCACUAUGUUCCACAUGCACAUGCCACUGAAUGUGAAUGUUUUCAGUUGUUAUGUUUGUGCACUGAUUUGUCUAUUGAUUGUGUGCUGAUUAUUGAUUAUGACUCUUAUUCUUCUGGGCACUGUAGCACUGGAUAUCCCCAUAGGAACCUAUAAAGAGCAUGUAUCUGUCUAUUUAUUUAUUUUUUUCUUAAAUAUAUUAUUAAAUAUCCUCACGGUGAAGUAUGGGGCUGGAUCUGGAUUUUGUAAAUGUGGCUGUAACGGUCCAUUUUAGUCAAGGUUUAAACUUAGUCUGUGAAAGUGACUAUGUACUCUAGUUACUCUGGUUUAUUUCACCUGUAAUUUCAGUUAAUACAUUAAUUUGUGUCAAAUUGACACAAGUUGCAACUGUUGCCUAGUGUAGAGAUAUAGGAUUAUAAUUUUAGGAUUCUAAGUUUAAAAUAGUCUAGGCCGAGCUGCCACUCUUCCCUCAGCCACCUGUAGAGCGCGCCUACCUCUUAUUAUGGAAAGCACGAAUAAAGUGGAGGAGCAGCACAGAUGUUCUAUGGAAGCCCUCCAAACUGAGAGAGUUAUAAAGACUUGAGAACUGAGAAAAUGUGAGACACUGUUUAAAGUGUAUUGAGUAAGCCUGGACAGGCUUUAUUUCAGCGUAUAUUGUUUUGGUUUUGUUUCAACCUGUGUGUUAUUAAAGCAUGGUCUGGUUA